UCGAGCAUCAUCUACGCCUUGACCAUAUACACCCCAAUCGACUUUUGCACUUUGGACGCAGGAUACCAAGAGAAUCAGCGACAGACACAGUAGGACUUUUUGCCAUCACUGUGGAGCAGGCAGAAACAAGACGACACUUUUCGUCAUAGGGCAACCAUGAUCUUUUCCAUCUACAUCAUCAACAAGGCUGGCGGGCUUGUCUACAACAAAGACUACUCCGAGGGGCUCUCGAAACUCACGUCGAACGAAUACCUUGUCCUUGCUGGAACAUUCCAUGGUGUCCAUGCUAUCACCUCAAAGAUCUCUCCUGUCCCCGGAUCAAGUGGAAUUGAAAUGCUGGAAACAGACACCUUUAGGAUACACUGUUUCCAAACCCUCACUGGCACAAAGUUCCUAUUGGUGGCGGACCCACAGCAGCCCUCGAUCGACCAUACGAUGAAGAAAAUCUACGAAGUUUAUUCGGAUUACUGUGUCAAGAAUCCCUUCCAGAACCCAGAGAUGCCAAUCCGCUCCGAGCAGUUCGAUGUUCAUCUUUUGAGACUUGUCAAGUCUGUUGGUGGGUUGGUUCUCACCAACAGCAACAACCCGUACAUUGUCCACAGUAGUCUCAGUCAUGCUAACAGUAGUACCAGUCAUACCGGAGGGCCUACAGGUCCAUCACAGGGCCAGACAGCAGUCUCUUCUCCUGCUCCACCAACGUUACCCAACAUUGCUUCAUCAGGUCUUGGGCUAGGCGUUUGAUAUACUCACUCUAUAAUUCCCGCAGUAGUCCCAAUAAAUCCGAAUAGUACAGGACUAUAAGCCACCUGGUGUUGUGAGAUCUGGACCCCACCUCUGUC